ACUCCCAGUUGUGAUUUAUCGGCCUUGAUAUCGAUAUUGAGAAAUUUGAAGAAUUUCUGUUUCAUUUUAUGGGAUAUUAUUCUUGCUUGAACGAUGCAAAAAACAUGCAAAAUGCUGGAGUCUUUUAGUUUUUUCGUUGUUGUUAUGCUGCGAGACUUUUGACAUAUUUGACGCAGUUGCGACAAUCCGACUUUGACACAUGUCCUACUGAAGCCGUCACAUUUAGACUAGUCCGCCGCCGCCAUGCCGCCGAAGAAGGCCGCAGAGCCCGAGAAGCGGGCGCUGAUCGGGCGCGUGGGCACAAACCUCCGGAUCGGUAUCGUCGGACUGCCGAACGUCGGCAAGUCAACCUUCUUCAACGUGCUCACCAAGUCGCAGGCCCACGCGGAGAACUUCCCCUUCUGCACCAUCGACCCCAAUGAGAGUCGUGUCCCGGUGCCGGACGCCCGGUACGACUUCCUGGUGGAGCACUACAAACCGGCCAGCAAGGUGCCGGCGUUUCUGAACGUCACCGACAUUGCCGGUCUGGUGAAGGGUGCCAGCGAGGGUCAGGGCCUCGGCAACGCCUUCCUGUCGCACAUCAAGGCUUGUGACGCUCUCUUCCACCUCUGUCGUGCAUUCGACGACGACGACGUCACUCACGUGGAAGGCGAGGUGAACCCGGUCCGUGACCUGGACAUCAUCAACGAGGAGCUGCGGCUGAAGGACGAGUCCUACCUGCUUCCCUACAUCGAGAAGUUCGAGAAGACCACACUGCGGUCCGACAAAAAGGCCAAGCCCGAAUAUGAUAUCCUUCUCAAGAUCAAGUCGGUGUUGUGUGACGAGAAGAAGCACCUCCGAUUCCAGGACUGGAACGCCCAUGAGAUCGAGGUUCUGAACAAGCACCUGUUCCUCACCACCAAACCGGUUAUCUACCUGGUCAACCUCUCGGAGAAGGACUUCAUACGGAAGAAGAACAAAUGGCUGGUGAAGAUCAAGGAGGCGGUGGAAAAGAGCGACCCAGGCGCGCUCAUCGUCCCCUUCUCUGCCGCCUUCGAGCUCCAGGUGGUUGACAUGUCCAAAGAGGAGAAGAAGGCCUACGAGGAGGAGCACAAGGCCACCAGUCAGCUGGAGAAGAUUAUUGUGGCCGGCUACAAGGCGCUGAACCUGCAGUACUUCUUCACCUGCGGACCCGAUGAGGUCAAGGCCUGGACCAUCCAGGCGGGAACCAAGGCGCCCCAGGCGGCCGGCCGGAUCCAUACCGACUUCGAGAAGGGCUUCAUCAUGGCUGAGGUCAUGAAGUACGCUGACUUCCACGAGCUCGGCUCAGAAGCAGCCGUUAAGGCGGCCGGCGGCUACCGACAGCAAGGUAAGACCUACGUCGUCGAAGACGGCGACAUCAUCUACUUCAAAUUCAACGCCGGUGCGGGACUCACCGGCAAAAAGAAGUGAACCCGCGCACGCGCACAAACCAACGUGCACGUGCAACGCCUAGGUUUUGGAUUUUUCUAUUGGUGGACUUUAUCAAAUUAAUAUACCGACGUAUUUCGGAGAGCUGCUUGUUGGGUGGACUGUGAUGGCUUAACGGCAGUGCUGGAGAAUUUCUAACAUGUUCCGGCUGAGUGCCGGUGCCUGGCCGGCCGGGCCUGUGGUCCUGCUGUGUUGGGCGGCUUGUGGCGUUUGGACGUACUCGGCGGGAGGAUUGGUUCCCCUCUCCGUGACUGCCAAUACAAGUUGACGUGUGCAGC